CUCCGCCCUUCGUCUCCAGCUUGUUGUUGUGGUUGACUUGGAAACCAGAGAGACGGUGUUGCUGUGACUGGAGACCCCAAAUCACUGCUGGCUAACGCGGCUAGCCUCACACAGAAUGAAAGCCUCCCUCCUUGGCUGAGUGUCUUGUAUUCAGGAUGAAAGGCAUUUUGGUGCCUGAGAAUGCCAGCAGGUGAAAGUGAAGCCCGGGCAAAGACCCGGGAUAGAUUCAACGAGGUAUUCAAGAAAUACACAGAUCCCCCAUCGGAAAAGAAAAAGCUGAAGAAGAAAAGCUCUGAAACUGGAGAAACUAUUCAACUUCAGACUUUGAAAAAAAAUCUCAACCUUGAGAAAGACAUAGAGGAAGAUGGGACUAUCCUCCAGAACACAUACAAUCCUGAGCAGGGCAGCCCUCGCUUCACCAAGAACAAGCGAAGAGAGAGAGAAGUAGCUGAGAAAUUUAAUACCACCAGCAAUGGAGACCGUGAGGAGACUCAAACAUUUAAAGGCAAGAAGAAGAAUAAGAAUAAGAGGGAGCUUCCCUCACCCCCUGUGCUGGAGGACACCCAAAAUUACGUCCAGAAUGACAGCAGUAAGGACACAUAUGCCACCAAGUCCGAGAUCUCUAUGGAGCCAGAUGGUAACGAGGUUGGAAGGGAACCAAAGCGAAGAAGUAAGACGGGGAGGAGUAAAGGGGAUAUGGAUGCCAAGACGGACAGCCAAGUAGUGGAUGCUGAGGAUGAGCUACUGCAUAAAUACCAGCAGCAGAUUGCACAGGAGGCGGAGAAGACAGUGAAGAAGUCAAUAAUCAAGAAAACAGAAAAAGAGACUGCCCCACAAGUUGCACUGAAUAAUGAUGUAGGGAAGAAGAAAAAGAAGAAGCUGAAAUCAGUAAAUACAGAGCCAGAAAUAAGGGAUCAAGAUGAAUAUGAAGAGCAGGAUGUUGCUCUGGAAAAUGAAGAUGAAUCCAAGGGAAAGAAGAAGAAGGCAAAGAGGAAAAAUCAAGUUGUCAAGGAAGACAGUGAAACAGAGGCGGAGGUACCGCAAAAACCAACUUUUGAUGACAGCCUCGUGCUAGGAGUGUGUGUCCACCGGACUGACCGCCUAAAGACUGACCUCCUGAUGUCACACCCCAUGGUGAAGAUCCAUGUCGUUGAUGAGAUCUCUGGGCAGUACGUAAAGAAAGAGCACAGCCAUCGACCAGUCUCCUCAUUUUACGAGCAGGACAAUGUUGAACAUAUCCUUCCCAUCAUGACGCAGCCUUUUGACUUCAAGAAAAACAAAUCAACCACCCCCGAGUGGGAGGAGCAGAUCAUCUUCAAUGAACGCUUUGGUUACUUCGUUGAGAAUAAUGAUGAAAGCCCCAGGGUUUUACUCUUCUUUGAAAUCCUAGACUUUGUGACCAUGGAAGAGGCAAGAGCCAAUGUUGCUGUGGACAAGCAUGAGCGAGGAUUCAGAAAAAUUGCGUGGGCUUUCCUCAAGCUUGUAGGCACUAAUGGUGUGAUGAACAUCGACACUAAACUUCGCCUCCAGCUCUUCUGCCCUCCAGCCAGAGCAAAAAGACAACCCAAAACAAUUGAGGUGGUAGAUUGGUGGAAGAGAUAUCCUCGAAACAGAUAUGCAUCCACCCUUUACAUCACUGUGAAGGGCAUUAAAGUCCCUGAGCAUGUGGACCCCAGUGUCCGCUCCAUGAUGGCGCUGCAAGAGGAGAGGGGCAGCACCACGUACAGUGAACUGCAGAGUGAAAUCACCAGGAAAAGCAUAACACAGACUCUGGAAAACAAGCCUGCUGUCUUGAGGUGGAACAGAAUGCCUGGUCAGGUUUGUCGGAUUCCCAAUAAGUCCAUACUGUCAUUCCGCGGUGGUCAUAUGGGCUGUUUCACUGUGAAAUUCUCUCAUGGUGGGACAAUACUGGCUGCAGCUUGUGCUGACAGAGACGCUUUCCCUGUUAUAGUGUAUGAAAUUCCAUCUGGCAAGGUUUUGGCAGCCUUCGGUGGCCAUCUCAGUGUUGUCUAUGAUCUCUGCUGGUCCAGAGAUGACCGGAGCCUCUUGUCUGCCUCCUCCGAUGGAACUACGAGAGUAUGGAACGUGGAGAGGCUCCUGGGACUUGCCGAGAAGGUGCUCCCUCACCCGUCUUUUGUAUACUGUGCCCAGUACCACCCUACAGCCCAGAACCUGGUGGUGACAGGGGGCUAUGACACUCUCAUACGGGUCUGGAGGCUGGAUGUUGAUGACGUCAAUGGCCAGCUGCUUCAGGAGUUUGAGGGUCACAGCAGUUUCAUCAACGCGGCUUGUUUUGACUCUGAAGGAAGGAGAAUGUUCUCUGCGGACAAUGCAGGUGUAAUCAUCGUCUGGAAAACCUUGGUAUAUGACAGUAAACAGCGACAGCCAUGCCAUCGUUGGUGCAUAGAAAAGAAAAUCAAUGAGCGUGACCUCAGUGGUAUUCCCAUCAACAUGCUGGAGAUCCAUCCAAACGGACGUCGACUGCUCAUCCAUGCAAAAGACAGUGUCCUGAGGGUGAUGGAUUUGAGAAUACUGGCUGUUAAGAAAUAUACAGGUGCCACAAACUACAGAGAGAGAAUCUACAGUACUUUUACUCCCUGCGGGAACUUCAUCUUUUCUGGCAGCGAGGACGGGAUGGCCUAUGUUUGGAAUGCUGAAACUGGUGACCAGAUAGCAGUGUAUUCGGAGCUCUGCUACUCCACGGCUCUCCGUGGUGUGGCAUUCCACCCUCAUGAGAACAUGGUGGCUUUCUGUGCCUUCGGUCAGAGCCAGCCGGUCCAUGUGUACCUGUACGACCGCAAAGUGUCCCAGCUGGAGGUGCAGGAUAUGAAAGGAGCGAGCAGAUCGGUGUCUGCGGAGAGUAAAACCUUAAGAACCACCCCCGACCCUUCAGUAUUGCAGGACACAUCUGUUUCUGCAGCCUUGGAUCAGUAUGCUCAAGCAACAAGACUGUCAUUGAAAAUGCAGCGUGUCAAAGAGAAGCUGGAUUCAGUUCUUGAACCACUUCAACAUUCUUCAAGUCCAGGGUACAUGUAUGACCAAGAUAAAGUGGGCAUGAGUCACAUGAGGCGGAGCUUAACACUGGACACUGGAACGAUGGGAUUAAAUGCCGCGUUGCCACCUCCAUCUCUCCUGUCACCUCACUCCAAGCUGCAGAUCUCUGGUGCUUUGGCAGAGCAGCUUAUCCCCCAGGCAGCCCUGAGCACCCAAAACCGUGGUUUUAGUCCAGUGGGUAAACAUCUAAAAAGAGCAACAUCUCUGAAGCUACACACAAGCUUCUCUGAUCGUGUUUCUCCAGGCAGCCACACAGAAACAGAUUCGGCUCCCAUUCAGCAAACAGUGGUCUCGCUCUAUGACUACAGUGCUAACCGGUCUGAUGAGCUGACUGUACACCGCGGCGAUGUCAUCCACGUGCUCUACAAAGACAAUGACAACUGGUGGUUUGGACGUCUGUCCGGUGGGCAGCAGGGAUAUUUUCCUGCUUCUUAUGUGGCAGAGGAGAAUUUCAACGAAGAAGUAUCUGACACCUUAGAGAUGCUAGCUGCCGUGUCUGAGGGGACAGUUGAGAGGUCAACACCAACCAAGGUAUCUGCAGCAAUUAGUUUGUCAGGGGAACUUAGGUUUCUCUCCGAGCAAGACACCGACCCUGAGCUGGUUGAUACCAAAACUAAAAGGAAGAAGAAGGUGAAAAAGCUUGCAGCUCCUUCAUCACCGUCUCAGGCCACAUUUUCAGAUCCGGAUGCCGCAGGGUCCUCCAGCAGGAGGAGAGGCAGGUCGACAGAGCGGCCUCUCCCAAAGAGACCGUCAGGCCGGGCCAACAGCGCCUUCGAGCCUGAUACCUAAACUCACGGCUUGGAUGCACUGUCAGGAUCAUCAGCUUGAGUGCUUUCAUGUUUUACUCCUUUUAGUCAUAUAAAGGAUAUUUUCGUAAAGACAAAGAACCUUUUCUUUCUUCAUUUUUAGCUGUUUUGUAUUUUUUUUAAAUGCCUCUUAAAGAGUAAUUAUGUUUAUUCUGUAUUUUAACACAAUACAGAUUAAUCAAUUAAAGGUUAAAGUUUAUUUUGUGGUUUUCAUAUAGCAUUGUACAAUCCUGUGGAUUGUAUUUUUGUAUUUUUUAUAUUUUAUAAUAAUUUAUUGUAGUAACCAUUUCUGGGCUCAUGUAUAAAUAUUUACUAAUCAUGCAUCAGUUUAAUAUUGUAGGUCUAUUUUCUGGACCUGCGACAGCUUAAGAAAGUUUGUGUACUCUAUUUCUUCAGAACUAUGAAUGUGCACAGAAAACUAGUUUUCAUGUUUUGUUAGUACACUGUUAACUUUUUGUAAAGUCACCUUUUGGAUAUUUAGCCAUUUUGAUAAAUAUAAAAAGUGAUAUUAAAAUAAUUAAGUACACAG